AUGGACGUGGAAAUGACCGAUGCUAGCCCCAGUCGGUCUUCUGAGACGGUUACGGCGGACAGAGACCUGGUUAAGACUAUACGAUCCCUCGAUCAGACAGGCCCCGGGGCCAGUGGCGAAAAUCUCGAGCGAGUAUGGAAGCAACUUACUUCUAUCGGUCAGAGUCAAUUCUCUGCAGCAGAGGAGAGCGUUCUACGAUGGCUCCUUAAGACGAUGAAGGCUACUAGCGAUGAGGCGGAAACGGUUCGGCGGUUUCCUUUGACCUGGCGCAUACUCGGCUGUGCUUUUCAAAGAAUACCUCUCUUUUCUCUCGCAAAGUCUCUUGCUGAUCGCAAGUUCAUGGCGGUUCUUCAGCAAACUUUGAAAGGCGUCGCGAAACCUAGCACCGAUGCCAAUACGUCCGACUCCAAAUCAAAGAAGAGAAAAAGAUCAGAAACAUUGACGUUUGAAUUGGAAAGCCUUAAGUCGUUUGACGGGUGUUUGGCAACAGGAGAAGCGAUCUUCGGCGCGUUGAAGAUCCUUCUGGCACGGCUGGACCUAGCGGCGCAGUGGUCCGCUCACGACAGGAUGGGAGCAGAACACAUCAAGGCACUGUUUGCGCAGCCCGCCAGCGACGCCGCAGAAUACCUCGCGCCUCUGUUGUCUCUUUGUGACUACUCUCUUGCGGUCUCCAAUAUUGAGAUGUUUGAGGCGCAAGAAGAUUGGGUCAACGUGUUCUCCUCUGUCUGGGACCUUCAUCUCCAGGGCCCCAGCGAUGCGCUCGAAGUUGCAACCCAUUUUUCAAGAACCACUUUCUCUAUUCUGGGCAAACUCAAGGAAGGUGCGGCUGUGGACCAUGAAGUUGCGGAACUCUGGACCCGCGAACUCGAAAAGUUCCUGCAGCGCAACCUCAUUCUCCCUGCCAGAUCUGCGUACUUCAAUAAACAAGAUCUCGAGGUGGUCACCCGUGCAUUUGGCAUGAUUCAAAAUAUUGUAUCAAUUGCGGCGCCCAUCUUCUACAGUUUGGUGUCAGCUGCACCCCAGGUUGUCGGGGGACUUACAACAGCCAAGGCCGAUGAAGCCUGGAUGCAAGAAAUCUUCAAGUUGUCUGAGCAAGCAAACAGGCAAUUACCCAGCAUCGAAAAGGCGCAUGUGAUGGGCGAAAUUUUGGAAAAAGCCAUCGCAAACAAGGCUCGAAUUGCAUUGAAUGAUCUUCGCUUAGUAUGCAGCACCUACGCCCUCGUCGGCACUGCUAGAGAAACCGACUGGCGCCUGCUUUCUCUCAUCGCCAAGUCCGACGCAGAUGUCUUCUUACAGUCUGACGAGGGUCUGGAACUUUUCGACCAAGUUUGUGACAGAAUUACUGCUGCCGACGCUAGGGCUAGCGAAGAAACCAUGAACGACCUUAUCGAGUCGUUGAUCGCCGGUUUUGAAAGCUCCCGUGAUUUGUCAACGUUUUUGAAGAAGUGGUUCGUUCAGCUAUCUACAUUUGAAGACAAGGUACUUCGUUCUGGGGACCGGCCCGUCUGGUUCACUCAAGUGCACCGCAACUCCACACUUAUUGAGGGUAUUGAGAAGUCUUUGACUACCAAACAACUGAACAACCUACUACAAUGGCUUGAGACCCAAGAAAAUCUUCGGCCGGCAGCAGUCUUCAUCUUCCUUGAUACCAUUGCCACCGCCAUCACCAAGGAUGAAUAUGCCGAUUCGAUUGGCACUCAGCUGUCGAAUCUCGCACUGAAGGUUUGGUCAUCUGGCAAGAUUCCAUCGGACAUUCGCUCCCUGCGGUGGAGGAUUAUCUCAAAGACAGCUUCGUGGCUGGACUAUGAAGAAUCUCUUAAGCUAUGGGAUAGUGUUCGCGUUGAUCUGACGAAGGCGCUACAAAAAGCCAAGUUCGACGAUGAAGAUACUUGUGAAGCCCUGGAGUGCGCAUACCAGUUCUGGCUAUCCAUGUACCCAGAUGGCCGUGAUCAGAACGAUAUCGCUUCUUUGCUUUCGGCUUUUGUGGAAAGACUAUUGAAGAAGGUGAACUUCGAGGAUCUAAAGGGUUUAUUAGAAUCUCGCUGCUCUGUGGAGUCAGAUACUUCGAACGUCCCCAAGUUCUGUGCCGAAUACCCCUUGGCUGCCUCAAGACUGGUCGCGCUCCUUUCUAAGUCGUCCGGUUCUUUACCGGAGUACGUGAAACGUGUUCUUGGCCGGAAAGGGGACAGCGAAAGGCGACUUGGAAACGUGCUUCAUAUGAUCACAUCAAACGAAAACAAUCUCCGCGAUCGAAAGCUUGCAACAGGGGUCGUGGACUACAUUAUAGAGAUCCUUGCCCAGGUGCCGACGAAUUCUUUCCCCUGGACUGAGAAGCGAAGCAAGACUGCGAUGAUUGAGCUAUCAGGAGUACCUGAUGAAUCGAUUACCAGACAACAAAGAGAGCGCAUCAUGGAACUCUUGGUCUCCAAAGUACAUGUUGCUGACAACCUUAGCCCGUCGGACUGGAAUCUGGUGCUGGGCUUGCUUGGCAAAAUCAUGAAGAAGCCGACUUUUUACCAGGAUAUGGCCUUCUCUGAUCUCCAGAAGAUUGCAGCCGCUUUGACAUCAGUAUGCAGCAAAAGCGGCUCCAAAACAGCCCUUGGAUUGACCCAACUUCUUUCCUAUUUGUCAGUGGCAACUAUUCGACAAAUGCAUGACCACCAAGAAUAUCGUACGCAGUACUUCGCAAAGGUUUCUGGUAUCUUGGAUGAAGUCGCCACAGAGGGUUCUUUCGUUUACAUGACUCUUCUCAAGGCCCUCUUGUCUGUUGUUGUUGUUGUUGCUGAUACUGGAGCAAAGGAGAAGGUUGUCAUCGUUGACACCGAUCAGACUGCAUCCACCUUAGGCCGUAUGGUUCAAGAUGCUCUGAGUGACUUUGCAAAGGCAUGGCGCAAGCAGAAGGUGGACAAAGGUAUCGUCAACCGCGUGCUGGUUGCUCUUGAUGCGGCCGAAGCGUUACCGGACUCUAUUGUGGGACAGCUAAAGGUCAAGUUUUCCCAAUUGGAAGAAGCAAGUCAAUCGGCCAUAAGCAACGGAUAUCUCAGCGGUUGGAGACUACGAUCUUUCCUCAUCAAGCGUUUCCCGUCACAACUGGCGGAUCCUCGUCCAACGUCAUUCAACCAGCUUUUCAGCAGCGCGCUGUCUACACCUCUACCUAGCGGAACAGCUCCCGAUCCUCUAUCAGACUUCAAUCGGCAAUCUGUUUUGGAAGAAUCAGUUGAUGCCGUUGUCGCUGGCCUUGACCACAACGGUAAAGUGGCUUAUAUCCAGAGCCUUCUCGAAGGUAUUCAAGAAGAUUCUGCUACCAAAACCGAUGUUUCCAUGGAAGGCCAGCUUCUGGCUAUCCGUCGGGUCGUUGCCCAAAUGAAUGAAGCACCAACCGGCCUGGAAAAGUCUAAGGACUUCGAUCUCGCGACUGCUCACGGGAUACUGGUCAGAUACCUGACCAAAGCGAAGACUGUGCGUGAAUUCGUGAGAACAGCCGAAGUCCUCCAACAACUUCUUGACAUUAAGUCGAACUCUAUGACCCAGUGGAACAUCGAGGCUACCUUGAGCGCAGUGGCGUCAGUCGUGGCGAAUGACCCAGGUCACCUCGUCGAGAGUUCCCCCAGUACCUGCCAGUGGCUUUGCAAGCUCAUGGAGGUGAUCAUCAAGAAACACCGCCUCCGUCUUGAGGGCCACUAUCACCUUCUCAUAGCCACUCUCGAAGCCCUCCUUUGUGCACUCGCCCAUUCCUCGGCGCAGACGUCCGUACGCGCAACGCACGCGGUGCAGUUUACCCGCCUCGUUACUCUGGUGUGCGAACCCGCUGCCGCCGCUGUCUCGCGUGUACAGCAUCUGAGUGCCCUUGACUCUGCUACCGAUGCGGCUAAGAGGUCUGCCGGCCGGCACAUGUACCUUGUCCUGAUGGCUUAUGUCAAGAUGCAGCUCGAUGUCGAUGUGCCUAGGGACAUCCGUGAGGCACUUGAGCCGGGCAUGAACUCUAUAUUUAGCAUUACGCCACCUGAGGUGAGGAAAAUUCUUAACGACAGCAUGGAUGCUAGUGGCAGAGCGAUUUUGAGGGAGAUGUAUAGGCGGUAUACCAAGUUUGGAAAGUGGAGCGGUGUGUAG